CGAUGCCAUCGGUCCUCAAAAUCGUUCGCUGCGCAGGUGUUCCAACAGAUCGCAGCUGUACGGCCUCAGACGUACCUCACGUUUUUGGCUUGCGCUGGUGCCACCGUAGAAAACGGGAUUCUGAAAGCGGAAAGUGGAUCAGCCAGCCAACUGGCCACAUUGGAAAGGAUAGCCACUUUGAGGGGUCGUGGUCCCGACGUAGUGAUUUUAUCCACAGGAGGUAACGAUAUCGGCUUCUCAGACAUUAUCAACGCUCUCGUUCAUGAAAGCGCCAGAUUCGACGUCAGUCUGAUGGACAUGAGAUUUUUCUUCGUUUCUCAUCAGCUGGACUUGGUCGCUGAACGUCUGGCAGCCAUUGGAACAGGCAGCGUAUUUGUUCCGCAAUAUUUCGAUUUUCACAAAAAAUCAGUAUGCGAGAAGUGGACGCGAGCUGUAUUGCAUCAGGCGAGCAUGACGUUCGCCGAGCGACGAAUUCUGCGUCGAUUGAACACGUUGCUUCUGAAGAAGGGUGCUCAAUAUGGUUGGCACGUUGCUACUGCUAUACCCGCACUGUUCGCCCAUAAAGGAAUAUGUUCAUCGCAGAGUUUCAUCAGAUCGAGGCAGGAGUCGAUCGCGCUGCAGGGCAAUGCCAUGGGCGCGUUCCAUCCUAACGAAGCUGGACAUCGAGUGGUUGCCAAGGAGAUUCUCCGAGAACUGCGGGAAUCCGGCGUCGUGGACGUGUUCUGA